AUGGCUCGUGCGGCUAUUUCCGUGGUGAUGCUUUGCCUCUUUGCAGCAACUGUGAUUGCUGAAGAUCCAUAUGUCUACUACACAUGGAAUGUCUCUUAUGGCACCAUUUCUCCAUUCGGUGCUCCAAAACAAGCUAUCCUCAUCAACGACCAGUUCCCUGGCCCUGAAAUCAACUGCUCCAGCAACAACAACAUCGUUGUCAAUGUCUUCAACAACCUCGACGAGCCACUCCUCUUCACCUGGCACGGAAUCCAACACAGGAAGAACUCAUGGCAAGAAGGUACCCCAGGUACCAUGUGCCCCAUCCUUCCUGGCACCAACUUCACCUACAAGUUCCAGGUCAAGGACCAAAUUGGUACCUACUUCUACUACCCAAGCCUUGGCCUCCACAGAACCGCUGGUGGUAUUGGUGGUCUCAGAAUCUUCAGCAGGUUGUUGAUCCCAGUUCCGUACCCAGAUCCCGAGGCUGAGCACUGGUUCCUCAUUGGUGACUACUACGCCAAGAGCCACACGGCCUUGAAGCAGAUCCUUGACAAUGGCGGCUCCCUCGGAAUGCCUAAUGGUGUCCUUAUCAACGGUGAAAAUGUCAAACAUUUGCAUGGAGAUAACAAACCACAAUUCACAAUGAAGCCUGGAAAGACCUACAAAUUGAGAAUCUGCAACGUUGGUAGCAAAGACUCAUUGAACUUCAGAAUCCAAGGUCAUCCCAUGACACUUGUUGAGACUGAAGGCUCACACACCGUCCAGAACGCCUACGAGUCUCUCGACGUCCACGUCGGACAGUGCUUCACCGUUCUCAUCACCGCCAACCAGGAGCCAAGGGAAUACGCCGUUAUUGCCUCAACUCGCUUCACUUCUUACAUCCUUGAGGGAAAAGCCAUCAUUAGCUACGAAGGAGCCAAGAAACACGCUUCAUUGUUCCUUCCACUUGCUCCCAUCACCUGGUUCUGGUCUCUCAACCAGUUCAGGACAUUCAGGUGGAACCUUACCGCUAGCGCUGCCAGGCCUAACCCUCAGGGAUCUUACCACUACGGUCAGAUCAACAUCACUCGCACUAUCAAGAUCGUUAACUCUGUUGCCAGGGAUGAUAGUGGCAAGCUCAGGUAUGCCAUCAAUGGCGUUUCCCAUGUUGAUCCCGAGACUCCACUCAAGCUCGCUCAGUACUACGGUGUUGGUGACAAGGUCUUCCAGUACAACCUCAUCAGCGACAGCCCCGCUGAAUACAUCAACAAGAUCACCGUCGCCCCUAAUGUCCUCAACGCCACCUUCAGGGAUUUCGUUGAGAUCGUCUUUGAGAACCCCACCGUGUCCGUCCAGUCCUACAACCUUGACGGUUACUCAUUCUUCCUUGUCGGCAUGGAGGAAGGAAGGUGGAGCCCAGACAAGAGGGAGAGCUACAACCUUCUUGAUGCUGUGAGCAGGCACACCGUGCAAGUGUUCCCUAACUCAUGGUCCGCCAUUUUGUUGACAUUCGACAACGCCGGAAUGUGGAACUUGAGGUCUGAGAAUGCCGAAAACCGCUACUUGGGACAACAGAUGUACGUUAGCGUUUUGUCACCAGAAAAGUCCUUGAGGGAUGAGUACAACCUUCCCCUCACCCAGCAAGUCUGCGGUAUCGUAAAGGAUAUGCCAGUUCCAGCACCAGUUUACCACUAA